UCACGUGUAUUAGGAAUGAUUCAUAAAAAAGGAAUGAAUCACGUCGUGUUCUAUCUCGAACUCAGAUAUUAACAUCCUUUCAAAACUGAAAGGUCUACCGACAGAAGAAGUUGAAUUUUUCGUAAAAUUUAAAUUCUUCCAAAGUCAUUUAAAUCACUUGUGCGAUCUGUUCAUCAGAAUUAUAUAGGAUACGAAUAUCAUGAAAAAGCAAACAGUACGUGUCUCAUAUUCUAUUUUAAUUUAUCUAACGAUAUUCGCAAUAGGAUCGUUGGAGAUAAGUUAUGCCAACCGAUUAGUUUCGGAUAGCAAUGAAAUAUAUAAGAGAGACUUAAGACAGAAGAAAGAAUUAUCAUUGCAUAUAAAUACGACGGAGGAUUCAGAUAUGGAGGAGUAUAUCUUGGAAAUAGAUUGCGAGAGAUUCAAUGUAUCGUUCAAUUUUUCAAGUACAAUUAUAAAAGUAUUAGGAAAAGACUUCCUUAAUACUUCGUUCAUAACAUGUUUGAACUUUGAUGGAAAUCAAAUAGAAUCGGUUGAAUCUGGUGCUUUUGAUAAUCUACCAUCUCUAGAAUAUUUAAAUAUGGGAAGAAACUACAUUUCCUCUUUAUUUUCCUUUAACGGUCAUGAUAAUAUAAAAGUGUUGGUACUGGCAGGUCAAUCGAUAUCUUAUUAUGAUAUAAACUUGGAAAUUAUGGGAGAAUAUCCCGAACUUCGUUAUUUAGAUUUAAGUAGUAAUAAAAUAUCAUCGAUCAGAUGGCCCGUAAGUCAUCAGAACUCGUAUAAUCAGUUUAAUCGAAAAUCAGCAUUUCCUAAAUUAAAGCAUUUAGAUUUAUCUAAUAAUAAUCUUUAUCAAUUUUACAAUUACUAUGAUAAUUCUAUACUAUUCAACCAAAACAUAACGCAUCUCAAUCUGAGUAAUAAUUAUUUGACAAACGUCGAUCUACGUUAUUUUUCGAAUUUAAUUGAAUUAAGAUUAGAUAAUAAUAACAUAGAAGGUAUCAAUAAAUAUUGUUAUAAUAUAUAUGUAUGUAUAGAUGAAAUGCCAAGAUUGAAAUAUUUUUCUAUAUCCAAUAACAAAAUAAACAGUUUAGAUCAGUUUAUUUUUAAGAAUACACCUGAAUUAGUUACUUUGAAUCUUUCGAAUAACCAAUUAGCACAUAUUUUACCAAAAGUCUUCUAUGGCUUAGAUUUAUUAGAAAACCUAUAUUUAGAUCAUAACGAAUUAUCUUCAAUUAAUAGUUUAAGUCGUUUGUCAAACUUAUCCGUUUUAUUUGUCUCUCAUAAUAAUAUCCGGGAAAUAGGCUCUGAAGAUAUAAGCAACGCACGGAUUUUAAAAAAAUUGUAUUUAGAUCAUAAUAAAAUUGAAAAUAUUCAUAAAAAUACAUUUUCUGAAUUGGAAUCAUUAGAGGAACUAUAUUUAGAAAGUAAUAAUUUAGCUAAAUUACCGGUCGGAUGGGCUAAUAAUUUAAGAAAUCUACGUUAUCUCAAUUUGUCGAAUAACAAAUUUAUAUUAUUGGAAUCUUUAUCGCUAAUCGAAUCUCUGCCAGUAAUAAGGAUAGACUUAAUGAACAAUAACUUCAUUCAUAUGAAACCUGAAAAAUUGCGAAAUUUACCUGAAAAUGCGACCAUAUAUUUGAUUUCACUGUCGGAAGACAAUGAAUUAUCUAAAGAGGAUUUAAUUGUAUUCAUAAUGUGGCAAUCAUGUACGUUUAUUAUUUAUAUGGUUGUUAUUAUGAGAAUCAUUCACGGUGUUUUCGCUAUAACGAUGUCAUUUUGUCCGGAAAAAUUCGAAGACGAUCUUAGUUUGAAUUUUGAAGAAACUAUGGACAGGUGUGACAAUCCAGAACAUGGCAUCGUGAAGCUUAAUAACAUUGAUCUGAAAAACGCUGCAAAGAAUAUAUUCAACAAAUUUUUAAAUUAUUUUUACCAUCCUUCAUUAGUGAAACUAAACUUACAUCGAGCUUCUGCAAAAACAGUUGCGUACGAUUAUGAAAAUUUACGUUCAUAUCCUGACACUGCAAUAUUGUUUACAUGUUUCCUACCUUAUGUCACGCAUUUGGAUAUUAGCGGAAAUAAUUUAGAAUAUUUACCUCAGUAUUUUAAAUCUUCAUUUCCCAGUUUAACGCAUCUUUACUUGUCGGGUAAUAGAUUGACAAAUUUGGACAAUAUUCCUCCGUCAACACAAGUUAUAUAUCUUGAAAGAAAUCAAUAUAAUAUUAAACCGUCGUAUUUACCAAAAAAUAUUUCUGCUUUAUUUCUUAAUGAGAAUACUAUAACAAGUUAUAUUAGAAACUUUGAUAACCUUAAUGUAUUGUCUAUUCGUAAUUGCAGGAGCUAUUAUUCAGGGACUUGCGGAGUUGAAAAUUGUAAAAAUCUUGUUGAUUUGGAUAUGUCAUCAAACAAAAUUAAAUCUAUUCAUGUAGCGUACUUUAAAACAUUGAAAUCUUUGCAACGUCUUUCUUUAGAUCAUAAUGCUCUUUCAUCCUUAUCUUUUUUGACCCAUUUGUCUUCUCUCAAAAAUUUAUCUAUAGCAUAUAAUAAUUUGACCAAUAUUACGUCGGAUUGUUUCGCAAAUCUUCAACAUUUGAAUACACUAAAUUUGCGUGGAAAUUGUAUUUCGAUAAUUUCGGAUAAUGCUUUCUUUGGUUUGAAAAUGUUAGAAAAACUUGAUCUUGCGGAAAAUAAUCUCACUAUACUUCCUCCUUGGUGGUUGAUUAACUUGUGUAGACUACGUUAUCUUAAUCUAAAAUCGAAUCCGUUUAGGAGCUUCGAUAAAAGUAUGGAAAAUUAUAUUUUAUUCGCUGGUAACUACAGUAUUCUACAUUAUUUGCUGAAGAUCAAUCGACUGUCGCAUAGACCAUUAAAAAUUAUAUUCAUAAUGUGGCAAUCAAGUAUGUUUAUUAUCCAUGUGGCUAUUAUUAGCAUGGGGUUCAUUCACGGUGUAUUUGCUACGACGAUAUCGUUUUGCCCAGAAAAAUUCGAAGAAGAUCUCAGCCUCCACUUUGAAGAACCGAUGGAUAAGUGCGAUAAUUCAAAAUAUGACAUCGUAAAAUUAAAUAACAUUGAGUUGAAAAUAUUGAACAAAAACUUUAUUGAAAGCGUUAUCGUGCAAUCUAUUAAUCUUGAGAAUAAUGCUAUCAUUGAUAUUCAUCCGGAUGCUUUCAAAGGUGUUCCAAAUUUGCACUGUCUCAAUAUGCAACAGAAUUAUCGAUUGAAUAUAUUGGACAACUUCCUAAAAUAUUUUAAACACUCUUCGUUAACAAAAUUAAAUUUAGCUAAAACAAUGUCAAAAAGCUAUUCAUUCAAUCAGUAUUCAACAAUUUCACCCGAUAAAAUUACAGAAAUAUCACCUGAAAAUGCCCUUCCUCAUGUUACGCAUUUGGAUAUUAGCGGAAAUAAUAUAGAAUUUUUACCUGCGUAUCUUACAUCUUCAUUUCCUCGUUUGACGCAUCUCUACUUAUCCAAUAAUAAGCUGACCUCCGAUUACGUUUAUCAUAUACCUGCGACGACGCAAUAUUUGUAUUUGGAAGGAAACACAGUCUCUAUUAAUUUGCUAAAACUUCCAAAAAAUAUUUCUGGCCUAUUUUUAAGUGAGAAUCAAUUAGAACUGCAUGACCAAUCUUCAGCAUAUCCUAAUUAUGAUUAUGAUUAUUCAAUGCGUUUAAGCUCCUUAAGCGUGCAACCUUCCUAUUAUGACAGUAAUGACGAUAUAAAAAAGGAUAUGGAACUUUUAUCAAAUCUUGUAAUAUUGUCAGUUCGUAAAUGCAAAAAUAUUAAUUUAUUAAUUUUGAAUCUUGACAAAUGUAAAAAUCUUGUUGAUCUGGAUAUGUCAUCAAACAAUAUUAAAUCUAUUCAUGAAGCGUACUUUAAAACGUUGAAAUCUUUACAACGUUUUUCUUUAGAUCAUAAUACUCUUUCAUCCUUAUCUUUUUUGAUCCAUUUGUCUUCUCUCAAAAGUUUAUCUAUAGCAUAUAAUAAUUUAACCAAUAUCACGUCGGAUUAUUUCGUAAAUCUUCGAAAUUUGAAAACACUAAAUUUGCGUGGAAAUCGUAUUUCGAUAAUUUCGAAAAAUGCUUUCUUGAGUUUGAAUAUGUUAGAAAAACUUGAUCUUGCGGAAAAUAAUCUCACUAUACUUCCAUCUCUAUGGUUAAAUAACUCGACAGUAUUGCGCUAUCUUAAUCUAAAAUCGAAUCUGUUUACUAAUCUCGAUAGCAUGUAUGGUUUUUCUAAUCUUAAUCAUUUACUUUUGGGAGACAAUUGUAUUAAACAAAUCGAAAUGGCGAACUUGAAGGAGUUUCCAUCAACUAUUGUUAUUUAUAUGUCAUCGAUAAAUGAUUCUUGUUUAAAAUGUAAAACGUAAUUUACUUGUUUACGUGUAUAGCGUAAAUUAAAUACGAAUUAAUAUCUUCAAUAUAAUUAACUAUUAGAAAUCGCUUAAUGUAACAUUUAUC